GCGGCAUUUGGGCAGAGAGGCGAGUGUGCCACGCAGGCGCAGCGAGCCUCCGGCGCGUCCCGCCGGCGCCGCAGCUCGCCGCAAUUGCUCGCCGUGCACGCGUCGGCCAAGGCACCCGCAUCAUGUCGCCGUCCGCGCCCUCCAUCCCCUGGCUCAAGCAGCCAUGAUGCGGGGCGAGCCAUGCAAACAGCGCGCAGUGGGCCCAGGAUGGACCGUGCGGGAGCCCGCCGCGGCGGCGCCGGCGGACGCAUAAGCCGCUGCGACCGCGUCUUCGCGCGGGGCUCCCGAUGACCAGCGUCAGCGUCGCCGUGGUCCACCCUCGCCUGGGCAGCUUGGCGGUCUGUGUGGACAGGGAGCUGGCCAUCCACUGCGGGCAGUCGCUGCGCCUCGUGCAGCGGAUCCCCGAGGCCACGGGCUGUGAGGACGUGGCAUGGCACCCGCAGGGCCCCUCCCUCGUGGCCUUUGUCCCGGGCGCCUCCUCGGCAGCCGUGAUGUUGUUCACCAGCGGUGGCGCCGCGGACACGUCGGACUGCAGGCAGCUGCGCUGCGUGCACACGUACCACCUGCCCUGGGCGGGCGGCCUGGGGGGUGCGGGAGUGUGCCUCGGCGAGGGCCACCUCCUCGUGGGCGGGGCUGACCUCAGCGUCUGGGGCUGCUCGUUCGCGCCCUGGCCCGAGGGCGCGCUGCCGGAGGAGGGCGCCCACCUCCUGCACUGCGCCGAGGAGCCCGACCUGCAGCAGGCGAUGGGGCACCUGGGGCCAGUCACGAGGAUGAGCCUGGACGGCUCCGCGCGCUUCCUGGCGACGCUCCACGGCCACGCCGAGAGCGCCGCGAGGGUGUGGUGGGCCGCCUCUGGCGAGGACGACGCCCACGGCCACGGCGUCCGCCCAGCCAGGAGAGAGGUGCCGGGCCGCGGCCGCCUGCCCCGCAGCACCGCGGAGGCCAAGUCGCCGGUUGGCGGCACCUGCGUCCUGCUCCUGUCGCACGGCGAGCCCCUCGUGGACGUGUCGUGGGCUCCCUCUGCCGCGGGCUCCGGGUCGUGCCAUCUGGCCGUGAUCGCCACCCUGACGGCCGGGGGCACCGUCACCGUCUGGCGAGAGAGCGCACCCGAGACGCCGCUGGCCUUCCUGGUGGAGGCCCUCUGGCACCCUGGCGAGCUGUGGGCAGGGGCGCCCUCGUGCGCAGUGGCAGCACGCUGCUCCUUCAGGUGGGCCGCCCUGGGCCGCUGCUGGAGCCUCGACGAGCGCCCCGAGGUCGCCAGCGCCACAGACUGGGGCGACAGGCCUGGGCUCCCCCUGCGAUCGAGCGGCCACCCUGCUGGCGUCGCCGAGGGGCCGUUGUCGACCGGCAGGCCCUUCUGCCACGCUGGGGGGACCUCCAUGCUGGUCCUCCUGCGCGGCGACGGCCAGACGGCUUCGGUGCACCUCCAGGCUGGCUGUGCGGGCGCAACCUCUGCGGUGCAGCCGCUGGCGGUCCGGCAUGCCGCGCUGCCGUCCCUCGCUGCCGUCGGCGGCUGCACGGCAGCCGCGCAGUGCAGCUCCAGCCUUCUGCACGUCGACGCCGAGGGGGCGGCCGCGAAGGACGCGCUGGAGCUGCUGCUGGGCCGCGGCAGCGACGUCUAUCGCGUCCGCCUGGAAGACGGCGAGCGGGCGACUGUGCUGGCAGUGGCCGGGGGGCUCCUGGGCGGUGAGCCGCAGGCGGGGCCGGGCCCCCACGGCGCCGAGCGCCCGGGCGCCGCGGAGCCCCUCGCGGUCAGGGCCGUCGAGGUCCACCGGACGCUGGGCUUCGUGGCCUGCCUCAUGCAGGGCGCCGCAGAGGAGGGGGCCUCCACCGUCUGGAUCGGCGAGGUGCCCUGCGGGCGGGCCUCCCUGGCGGCAGGCCGCCACGCGGUGCCCAGGGGCGCCCUGCAGCGCGGCAGCCUGGGCUCGCUGCAGGUGGGCGGGGGGGCGCGCGAGCUCCGCUGGGCGCCCGGCAGCGUGGUGCCGCCCGUCCUCGCCGUGGGCCGCGCGGGCGGCGAGCUGCUCGCGUGCGCGGUGGACCCCGUGCGGGGCGUCGUCGGGCCUGGGGCGUGGGCGGCGGUGCUGCGGGGCGCGGGCGGGCCGGCGGUGCGAGGCGUGCAGACGCUCGGCACCGCGUCGGAGGCGGACGGCGAGAGGGCGAUGCUGUGCCUGCUGUCGCUGCCGGAGGCGGGCCCUGCUGCUCCAGAGCUCACGCUCGCGCGGCUGAGCGUGCCCGCAGGGGGCGGUGCGCCACACCUGGAGGUCUUCUUUGUUCACCAGCCGAGCGCGCCGUGCCUCGCUCUCCGCCGGCCGCGGGCCUGCCUCGCGGUGGAGUGGCUGGGCGCCCCCCCGCAGCUUGCCGCGGAGGGGCCCGCAGGCCCGGCGCCGGCGCCAGGCGGGGGGGAGGGCCUGCUGGGCCAGAUCGCCGUUUGCUGCGCUGGCGAGGGCGCGGACGGCCCUGAGGCUGCAGACCCAAGGGUGUACACGCUGGCCUCUGGAGACCAGGGCGUGUGUGCACGGGACGCGCUAAGUGCGCACGUCGGGCCACACGGCCACGUCCUCGGCCUCGCCCUGCACGGCGAGUGGCUGGCGGCAGUGGCCUCGAGCGCGGAGGUGCUCAUCUGGCGCCUCACUGCCGCCGUGGAGGCCGGCGCUGGCUGUGAGCCCACCGCCCAGGUGUUCCAGCGGAUCCCCCUCUUCACCCGCAGGGUGCACCUCGGUGGCGCACCGCCCGAGGGCGCGGGCGCGCUCGCCGCGCGCCACCGCGGGGACGCCGGCCAGGGCCGGGAGCUGGGCUCGGCGCGCGCCGCGCUGCACCGCUUCGCCGGGGGCGGCCUGGGCAUGCUCGUCUCGGGCUCGUCCGAGACAGACGUGGCUCUGCCGAUGGUGAUCGUCCGCACCAGGAGCGCUGGCGAGGGCGAGAUCUGGCCCAUCGGCCAUGGACCUCCACGCGGACGCGCUGCCGAUGAGCGCCCUCGCGCUCGACUGGAGCCCCGACGGCGCGGUGGUGCACGCCGGGCUGGCCGGCGGCAGGGCUCCCGGGCCAGGGGCGCCGCCGAGGCCCGCGCUGCUGGCGUCGAGGCUGCCGGACAGCGCGCUGUCCUGGCUGGCCAGCUCCGCGCCGUGCCCUGCGUACCAUCUGAUGGGCUCCCGUGCGUUGCCGCCGAAGACAUGCACGCCGCCCAGCACAUCAUGCGGAGCCUGCUGGCGGUCCUGUCCGCCCCACGCCCGAUGGGCAUCCAGCCGCUGCUGGACGUCUCGCUCGACGAGCUGCACGCGGCGAAGGCGAGCGCCGGGGGCCCACCGCCGGAGGGGCCCGACGUCGGGGCGGCCGCCGCGGAGGCCGCGGGUGCCACCGCCGACUCGCUGUUCGGGGGGGAGGACUCGGAGGACGAGUUCGAGGCGCGCCUCGCGCGCCUCAGGCGCGCUUUCGAGGACGGCGCGGCGGAGGAGGAAACUGGAUAUACCCCGACCUCCGGCAGUGCAUGUACUUUGUCUGGGCGCCAGCCGGAGUUUUCCGUUGGAUGGGAACCACACACAAUUAGGGUUCAGUCGGGACUGUCCCUUUACA